GCAGGAAAGAUGGCGAGCAUGCCGUUUGUCAGCGAAGGGAAGUGCGUGAGUGUGGAAUGGGAUUUCCUACAAGGACUUCUUGCCAAGCCUCCCACCCUACCCUGUCUCCAGAAUCUGCGCAAAGAGAAAUCUCGCAAUGCGGCUCGCUCUCGACGCGGGAAGGAGAACUUUGAGUUCUUCGAGCUGGCCAAGAUGCUGCCAUUGCCUGGGGCCAUCACGAGUCAGCUGGACAAGGCUUCGGUCAUUCGGCUGACCAUCAGUUACUUGCACAUGCGCACCUUCGCCAGCCAAGGGGACCCGCCGUGGAGCCCUCUGCUGGAGGGGGACAGCAACUGCAGCAAAGUUCGACGAUCAGCUCAUUCUCUGGCCACUGACAUGUUCGAGCAGCACUUAGGAGCUCACCUCCUGCAGUCUCUAGAUGGCUUUGUGUUUGUGGUCAGCCAUGAGGGACGCUUCCUCUACAUCUCAGAAUCCGUAUCCACAUAUACAGCACUCAGUCAGGUGGAGCUGACUGGCAGCAGCGUGUUUGACUACAUCCACCCUGCGGACCAUGUUGAGAUGGCUGAGCGGCUGGGCAUCAAACCUCAUCUGCGGGCCGAGGCCGGCUGCCAUACGGCCCCCGACAGUGCUUCAAGUACCGCAUCCACUUCCUCGCUUGCCGGUACCCCUGAAUCUGGUCCCUCAAGUCCCCAUUCUCCAGCUGACGAUCCUCCAGAACGUGGUUUCUUCAUCCGCAUGAAGUCCACACUCACUAAAAGAGGCCUACAUGUCAAGUCCUCUGGAUAUAAGGUAAUCCAUGUGACGGGGCGAAUCCGCUGCCGCCCUGCACUUGUUCCGGGUUCCACGCGCUCGGUUCGACGUCCGAUGGGCUUGGUUGUUCUGGCGCACACGCUCCCGCCCUCCACGCUUAAUGAAGUACGUAUGGAGAGCCACAUGUUUGUCUUCAGAGUCAACAUGGACCUACAGGUCACAUACUGUGAGAACAGGAUCUCAGAGUAUAUGGAUCUGACCCCAGCAGAGGUGGUGGGACACACCUGUUAUCAUUUCAUCUAUGUGGAAGACCUGGAAAAUAUCCGACAGAGCCAUGAAGACUUGCUGAGGAAAGGUCAGGUGGUCACAGGUUAUUAUCGUUGGCUUCAGAGGAGAGGAGGCUACCUGUGGAUCCAGUCCACUGCCACGGUCUCCAUCAACCACAAAGCUCCUCAUGAACGAAACGUCAUCUGGGUUAACUACGUUCUGAGUCGAACCGAGCUGCCCGACACCCCUCUGGAUCUGCAGCAGCUCCCAGAAAGCACAAGAGCGGAGCGACUUCGAGUUAACUCGACCCCCACUGACUCCACCCAAGUUCGAGGUAAUGCACGCCAACAGUCGGUGAAGAGCUCAGUAGGGAAGAGUGACCCCGACACGAAAAGAAGAGAGAAAUUCACCAGCCUUGCUGUCCAAUCAGAGGACAGGAGGAAGCGCGUGCUGAGGGCUGACCCCGAGGGCGGACCUCCUGAAAGCCGGCGCCGAUUGGAGGAGCUCCGGCGCGCAGAGGAGGCCGUUUCGGCGUCCUCGGAUCUGGCGAGCGAUAGCGAGGACGAGGAGGAAGAGACGGAGUGGGACCAGGGGGGGGACAGCGACAGACUGAAGCAAGAAGAUGGUGGGGAAGGAGGGAAACAGAGCCGAGGAGGAGAUGCCACUCCGACGAGAGGGGAAAGAGCGGGGAGGGUGCACAAUGGCCGGGCGGUAAUCCAGCAGCUGAAGAGUGUGGUGACACAGUCUUCGUUGCCCGGCAGUCCCAGCAUCAAGACUGAACACGAGGCCCUGACCACUGGAGGGCGCUGGGGGUCACACACACAGACCUCCACCCAACACACACACACAUCUCAGCCCCAACCUCCAUCACAUGCGCACACACCUUCCGGCAGCCUGAACGGUGACAGUCCCACCACCCCCAUCCCGGACUCUUCGUCCAGCAGUGAAGCCCCAGCUAAAGGCUUGUUCACGCCCCCGUCCCCUGCUUUGUCCCCGGCCAUGUCAGUGUCCUCCCCGCAGUCCCGCGAGGACCGGGCGUUGAGUCGCAGCGGUGGUAACGGCCCCGACUUCGAGCUGCUUCAGAGACUGGCAGGUGGUGCGGCGGGGCGGGUCCUCUUCCACCCCCUUGCCCUCGGCCCGCAGGGCCCUCAGAGCCUGUACGCCCCAAGCACUAUCCGGUACGCUCCGCCGGAGCUGCCCCCCUCCCACCACCACAGCACAGGCCACGGUGAUGGCCUGCAGCUACGCGCAGACCAUCACAAGGGACCCCCGCCGACCUUCUUCCCCCACCUGCAGCGGCUCGCCGGCCUGCCACCCUUCAGUGGUUUCUCCCCGUCUGACAGCCCCUUCUCCUCCGGCCUGUCUUUCUGUAUGAACGGACUGAGGGGGGCCGCAGGCUCGGAGGAGGACUGA